CUCGUUGUUGUUUUAGUAUAAUAUCUACUUUUGAGUAUACCAAAUUAAGUAGAAGGUUGUUUAAGAGGUAAAUGGGUAAGUUUUGUAUGAUUUUUGUGGUUUUGGCUCUCACUGCACUGCUUUCAUCAAGUGCUGCAAGAAAUGUGCCUGCAGGUUUGAAGGACCAGAAAAACAUUGUUGGUUUUUCAGGAAUUGGUAACAAUGGACUUCCUUUUGGAGGUGUUAGUGCUGAUAAUGGAAAUGGUUUUGGUGGUGGCGUUGCUGGUGGACUCGGCGGUAGUCCCGGUGCCCUCGGCGGACUAGGAGGUACUACUGGUGGCCUCGGCGGACUAGGCAAUAUUGGUGGACUAGGCGGCUCAACUGGCGGACUAGGCGGUACUGGCGGACUCGGUGGACUUGGCAGUAUCGGUGGACUCGGUGGGCUUGGUGGUGGACUUGGUGGUUCCGGUGGUGGUCUUAUUCCUCAACCUUGAGUGACACUAAUUAAGGAUUUUUAAGUUAUAAGUAGUAUUUGGAUAUUUCAAGAAAAUAAUUAAUUAAUGGCAUGGUAUUAUCACAAUUAAUGUUUUAGGGUUUUAUAAUUAGAUUUAAAUUUUUCGCCUAGAGAGAGUUCUAGCUACGUACUAGUUUGUGUUGUAGUGUAUGCAUGUUUACUUCUAUUCUAAAUGCAAGUUUAUUAGUUAAUGUCAAAAAAUGAAGCAUAUAUAUAAAAUAUUAUAUAUUGCAUCAUAUGUAAUAUAUGUGUGUGUGUUGUUCUCUAGAACUUACUCCUAUCUUAUUUUCGGUUGAACAUAUUUGGCCAAGAUAAUAAGGCAUUUAGAAAGUUGAACA